UGCUGUUUAAGUAUCCAUACGAAUACGAAGAAAGCAAAAAGGUGUCCUCAAAAGCACUUGGAAAUCCGUAUGCUCUUCAACAUUUGCAACACAAAAGCCCGGUUAAAGGAAGUGGACCUCUCGCUUGCAAGGGAUCUUUUGUAUGCACUUUCCCACAGACAGGAAAGCACAUACCACAGACUUUGACUAGUUGUGGUGCACUGGUUGAAACAAGAAAAAACCCAAUCAGCUGAAUGGAUCCACCGAGGUGGUUCGAUCCUGCAACCCAAACGAGCACUGAACUGACAGGUUUUUUGAUAACAUCCUUGCAAACCUGCUAGCAGUGAAAUCGCCCUCCCUGUGUAAGGAAAAGUUUGACUUGACGAUAGACGACCUUCGUUUUAUCGGCUACCCGAUGCAGUUACAUCACGUGGCGUCUAAACAGUCGACAUCUGGUCACAUGAUCAUCACAGUCAAUGUAGUCUUUGUCCUCAAGGCUGAGGUAAGCACUUCAGUGAACGACAGUUAUUUAGAGCUGGCAAAACAGCUGACAGUUGCCAUUGGACACGAGGAGCGUCGGUGCCAGUAUCUGUCGCUACAAGCCAAGAUCAUGAUGGCCGCCAACGAUGAGGUUGCAGCACUGCCCGAAGACUGCCUCGUGUCUCCCUACAAGCUGAUCCUAGAGAGGAGUCAGUUGGCGCAGGAACUCAAGAAGGUUUACGAUAGUGUGUUGGCUACUGGCAUCGUUCAGUUCCAUAUGAACAAGUGGGUGGAAAUUAACUUCUGUCUGCCACACAAGAUUCACACAAUUCAGCUGGGCACAAAACUUCUCCACAUAGAGCCUGAGGUCAUCCACAGGUGCCUUGCAGCUUUGAGACCUUACCAUGGUAUGCUGCUAAUGGUUGAAAAACAAACCAUUCUCGACUCGCUACCCAUCGACUGCGCUCCAACGCUCACUCGACUCAUCAAGAUGGCUAGCCCAGUGAAGAGCUUACAAACAUUGUCAUUGGACGCUGAUCUCAACCUAUCACAGGUUUUUCAGCUAGUUUGUCACCUGGUGUACUGGGCGAAGGCGACGGUCAUUUACCCUUUGUGUGAAACCAACGUCUAUGUUCUCUCGCCUCAAGCAAAUACCUUAGUAAAUUCUCCUCUUGUUGAAGAGUUCACAGAACAUUUUCCAGGGAGAUCACUCCAUGUAGAGAUGUCAGAGUUCUCUCUCCCUAGCUAUCUGCGUGAAAACAGAAACAUCCCACAGAGGUCAGAUCAUCAGGCGCAACGUGUCCAACUAGUCGUGUGGAUGCUACAACAUCGCCUACUACUGCAGCUUCACACCUACAUCUUCCUCGUCCCUCAGAAACCCGCGGCUGCACCGUCGCAGUCUGAUGAGGAUGUUGUGAAAGCCAAAGUUCAGGUGGUGGAGGAGUCGGUGUUGUCAGUGCUGAUGGAAGACAUGGGCUUACGCAUCACCUCUAGUAUCUCAGAUGCUGCGUCAGUGAACAGUGACGAGAGUGUUGGUCCGACUGGGUCGAUGCAGCUCAACAUGUUGUCUAAGUCUCCGUCGGUCGGUGAGAUGGCCAGUGAUGGGACCGUCAUCACCGAGGAAACCAAGGCUCAGUGGCGUCUGCAGGAUUCCCUUCUCAACAGCCUCACUCCCGACGUCAAGGCAGCCAUCUUGAAAUGUCCAGCAGCAAGAAAUGUGGAGGAUUUGAAGUUAUUUGCUAGGUUGAGUCCUUACUUCAACGGGAAGCACCACCUGGAGGAGAUCAUGUUCUACGAAAACAUCACACGCUCACACCUGCUCACCCUGCUUGACAAGUUCAAAGACGUCCUCAUGACCUGCAACCAUCAGGACCCAGCCACCGAAUUCUACGCUGGAUGACACAACUGACAGUCGUGAGUUUGGAUUGGUCAGUACGAAGCACAUCCUCCCUUUAUCUGAUGGACAUGAUUUCUGAUCUCUCAGUAUAUAAUGAUAUUUACCCUCUGACAGAUACGAGUUGUGAUUGGUCAGUGUAUAGUGGCAUCUACACUACAUUUGACAGAAGUGAUUGGUUAAUAUAUAAUAGCACCCACUCUACAUCAGACAGACAUGAUUUAUGAUUGGUCCGUGUACACUGCGUCUACACUACAUCUGACAGACGUGACUUGUGAUUGGUCAGUGAUUAACCAGGAUCUGGAAAUGAAACAGCUUGCUGGCUUACUUUGAUGUCUUGUGAAAAAUAUAUACUCACAGAAAAAAGUUCCUGUACUCCAAAUAAAAUGGUUUCAAACCUAAUGUACAAUUUGUAAUUUGACAAAGAUGAUGACUUCAACAUAAUUGUGCAAAUUGACUCAUGUUUACCAAUGAUUUUUCCUUCAUAAUUAUCAUUACACGUACUGCUUGUGCAAUACAUGCAGAGAGACUUAUUUCCUUAAGUAUAUAACGGGAUUCAGCCAACUUCUGACAGUGAAUACCUGUUUGAUACAAAACUUCCCGACAGCAGUCACACUGCGGACUGGACUGUGGAGUGGACUGCGGACUGGACUGUGGAGCAGUGGUUAGACCAUCAGGAUUAACGCUGGUAGGUUCUGGGUUCAAGUCCCACUACCUCAUCCACUCAGAGUGAGCUUCAACAACCCAAUGGAGAGGUGAAGGCCACUACAGUGACCUCUUUCUCACAGACCACUAACAGUUAAACAUUACUGGACGGUCAGAUAGCACAAAUGACUGAGGUGUGUGCCCAGAACAGCGUGCUUGAAAAUUAAUUGUAUACAAUCACUGAAAUCAAGUUAAAAUGGAUGAAAAUCAGCCUGUAGAGUCAACAGUGGUUGCUGAUACCGAUGUUAGAUGUUUAUUUCUUGGUCCGUAUGGAUUGUGAUCCACGAUUCACCAUGCAACACAGGUGCCUGACAGUGUUUAAACAGACUUUUAUUUCAAUCGGUCUUUGGCAGAUUCCAUGGGGAAACUUUGAACGUGUACUCAAUAUGGGCAUGUUUGAUCCUUUGAUGGAUCUAAACCUGUGUCAAACGGAUGGUUGAUUCAAGACGUGAAUUCAGUACAAACAAACCCAGUCUAACAAAUAUCUAAAACAUGUAAUAAAAAUAUCAAUACAUUUACUUGUAUUUAGUAGUUGGAAACCACCUUGAUACUCCUUCACCAGAUUGGAUUUUACAGACGUUUGACUAAACCAAAGAGCAUGAAAUCGCCAUUCUACCUGCUUGUAAGAGUAUGAAUAAAUCAAAUGCAUA